AUGCAGGUGGAGAGGAAAUGGCACAUACUGUUGACUAUCUUCUUUCUGCUCAUCACCUCGGGCCAGUGCAUGGACAGCAAGGAGGUCAAGCAGAAAGAGAGAAGGACCCUGUUGGAUCUAAUCUUGCAGGUUAUCAGAGACAGCCAGCAGCGGGACAAACCCAUCUCCCGGCGCUGCAGCAGUGGACUCCUCACCUCAGCCCAAGACAUGAAGUUCUCCCCCCGUGAAAAGCCUUUCUAUGUUCCAAGGCUGGAUAACAGUAGACUCAUAGAAAUAGUUCCUCGAGAUGCAAACAUGAAGGGCAAAUUCAUUCAGCAUUUCACAGCAGGACCAGUCAAGUUCUCGUCGGAGUGCAGAACACACUUUCAUAGACUUUAUCACAACACAAGGGACUGCUCGCGACCAGCAUAUUACAAAAGAUGCGCAAGAUUGCUAACUCGAUUAGCAAUGAGUCCGCUCUGCAUGCAAUCGUAAAUAUUGCAUGUUGGAAAAUAAAGGAAGAAGGAUCAACGUUUUGCCAAGGAAGUG